AUUUACCGAGUCGUUGAUGGUGAGUGUUUACGCCAGCUCCACAUGAAACUUUCCUAUGUUUUCAGGUUGCUAGGGGGCGGGGCCAACAAAGGCUACGCUCGCACAUUAUUUUCAUCCGCCAUGACGUCAGCGACGGCACGUCCGCAUUCCAGCGCGCUCGAGGCCGCACUCGGUACUUAAAGGAGCUGAUGCAACGGCUCGCGCUAGUCUGAGCUCCGCACUCCACACGUCAUUACUGCGGAUUUUGGGCGCACGGCAGCGUCCAAACACAGUUGCAUCAUUGACAGAAGACGCCUUGCAGGUUUUCUCUGACGCUGGUGGCGGCCGGGUCGGACAUGAUGCCGGGACAAAUACCUGACCCUUCGCUGGCGGCGGGCUCCCUGCCCAGCCUGGGCCCGCUGGCGGGCAUCUCGGCAACUACUCUCACCGAUCAGCUGAAGCUCGCGGACCUACACCAGCUGGGCUCCAUGCUGUCCCCGCUGCAUUUCCUGGGCCGGCUUGGGAAGAGGCCGCUGGCCAUUAAGACAGAGAUGGAUGAAGACGAGGAAAGGAGGAAACGGAGAAGAGAGAAAAACAAAGUUGCUGCAGCACGGUGCCGAAACAAAAAGAAGGAACGGACUGACUUCCUCCAAAGGGAAUCGGAGCGACUGGAAAUGGUGAACUCUGAGCUCAAGGCCCAGAUCGAGGAGCUCCGCCUGGAGAGGCAGCAGCUCAUGGUGAUGCUCAACCUCCACCGGCCCACCUGCAUCGUGAGGACCGACAGCGUCAAGACACCGGAGAGCGAGGCCAACCCUCUGCUGGAGCAGCUGUCCUCUGACACCAAGUGAACUGCCGGAGCCCGAAAGUCUAAACGGUCAAUAAACUUCUCAGUAAGCACUUGAGCUCGAAAAUGAGAGACUUCUGCAGACUCUGCUCAAAAAGGCCGGAGGGUUUUGGGGCUGCAUGAGCUGGCUCAGUCCUUUGGAAGACUGAAGCUAUCCAGUUUCAUCUCCACAUUAACGCGCUGGCGUUGACGCCUGCUGUGCCUCGCCAUUACUUCAACCGAUGGCUACAUAAAGGGACCAGUGGAAACGGCAGCGUACGACCCGGAACAACGCCGAGGAAUUACACUAACUAAAACGGUGCUGCGCUACAGCCGCGUAUCAAUGCCCACGAAGGCUCAGUGUUCCGCAGCUUCCCUUUGUAUGCUAGUCGAAAUAUACCGGCGUAGAGUUUUUAGGACACAAUACUCAGUAUACGUAGACAGAGAAGAGUUUUUGUAAUUUCUCCAUCCUGCCUCGACUGCGGCAGUUACCGGCUGAGCCGAUUUGUGGUGACGCUGGCGUCAUGAAAAGCACAUAUAACACACAUUGUUUACACUCUUGAUUUUUGACUCGUCUGUCCAUUAUUGUACUUGUUUUAUACUGCUUUGUAUACAUAAACACAUUAAAUGCUUGGUAAUCACUUGAA